GUACAAAGGAUGCUGAAUGCUGAAGCUGUGCUGUUGGCAUUAUACCUCUUGUCACAGUGAAGCAGCCUGCUCCUGGCAGAAAAAAAGAACAACACAACAUCCGUCUGAACACCUCAGAAUUAGGUGGACGAUGAACAUGCCAGGCGGUGCCCCAGGGGAGGAGCUCACAGAUGAGGAGAAGGAGAUAAUCAACAGUGUGCUAGCUCGUGCAGCUAUGAUGGAGGCCAUGGAGCAAGAGAGGAUUGGGCGUCUUUCCAGUCGUCUGGAUAAUAUCAAGAAGACAGCGUGUGGUGAUGGAGAGUUGCGCUGUCUGCUGUGUGGUGCGUCGUUUGGACCACAGGGGGUCACAGCUGUCCUCUGUGUGCAGUGCAAAAAACAUAUGUGUACCAAGUGUGGAAUUUCAAGCAACAGCAGGACAUGCCCUGUGUGGCUGUGCCAGAUCUGCAAUGAACAGCUAGAGGUACAGAAGCGUUCAGGAGCUUGGUUCUUUAAAGGAAGAGAGCAACUGGGUCUGCCUGCACCGCUUCCUCUGUCCAGACCUCGACAGUCGAACACAGAAAACUGCACUACUCCAGCAGGCUACAGUGGAUCACAUCGGGGAUACGAGCGUAGUACAGAGCCACAGCAGCACAAGUCUUUUGGAUCAGAACAAUGGGUACAGACAGCAAAAACAACAGCUGACAGUUGUAAUGAGGGUCAUUCCCAUCCAGCCGGUGUAAUGAAGACAGAGAGACAUGUGUCAGCCUCCAAACCACCUCAGGCGAACACAGAGCACACAACCCCUAACUCAGUACCUGCUGCAGGUAUGGAGAACCAUCACGCGGAAAGACAAGAAACAUUGCCCCCUCCAGCUGUGGAGGAAAAAAGACCACCUGUUGUCUCUGGCUCUGUUUCAUCUCAUAAGCCUGUCUCCAGAGUUGGUCCACCUGUUAACCCACCUGCCAACAACCCUGCUCCUUCCAGACCCCCACCAGAUCGAACAGAGGAAGACAACAAUGACUAUGACUCAGAUGAUGCCACCACUCUGGGAUCUCUGGAGUUCAGUCUACUCUAUGAACAGGAGAACCAUGCACUACACUGCUGUAUUGUUAAAGCUAAGGGUUUAAAAGCAAUGGACUCAAAUGGACUUGCAGACCCAUAUGUUAAGCUACACCUGUUACCUGGAGCCAGUAAGUCUAAUAAGCUUCGUACCAAGACACUUAAAAACACCUUGAAUCCUGUUUGGAACGAAACCCUGGUCUACCAUGGCAUCACAGAUGAAGAAAUGUCACGCAAAACCCUCCGGCUUUCAGUGAGUGACGAGGACACGUUUGGACACAAUGAAUUCAUAGGAGAGACACGAGUGGCCCUCAAGAAACUGAAAUUUAAUGAGAAGAAGAACUUCAGUGUUUGUUUGGAGAGAGUGAUCCCAGUGAAGAAGGCUGUAGGAGGAUCCAUCCGUGGCAUGGCUCUUUAUGAGGAUGAUCUGAAAGAAGUUGAAAACUCAGAGGAGAGGGGCCGUAUCUUGAUAUCACUGAUGUACAACAGCCAGCAGAGUCGUUUGAUAGUGGGUGUGGUCCGAUGUGCUCACCUGGCUGCCAUGGACUCCAAUGGAUACUCUGACCCGUUUGUCAAAGUAUGUCUCAAGCCAGACAUGGGAAAGAAAGCUAAAAACAAGACACAGAUCAAAAAGAAGACACUUAACCCAGAGUUUAAUGAGGAGUUCAGUUAUGAAAUUAAGCAUGGUGAACUAGCCAAGAAAACACUUGACAUCUCAGUCUGGGACUAUGACAUGGGGAAAUCCAAUGAUUUUAUUGGUGGUUGUCAGUUAGGCAUCCAGGCUAAAGGAGAGUGUCUGAAGCACUGGUAUGAAUGCCUCAAGAAUAAAGACAAGAAGAUUGAGCGUUGGCAUGUUCUUCUAAAUGACAACACCACUCAGUUUGAGGAUUGAAAGUUAAAAUCUUCAACUCUUCUCUGUAUUUUUUCUCUCCAUAUCUCUCUGUAAAACAUUGUUUUCCAUGAGUGCAGGUUGACAAAUAAUGUCAAGCUUUCAAUGUAGUUUGUUGCAAAGUGCUAUACGAAAGCUUCAUUUUCAGCACUAUUGUUUUUUGUGACCAACAUGGAUGUUGACCUUUAUGCUUUUUGUCAAAAGGAGUUUAUCAUAUCAUAAACUGUAUCAGACUAUAAACAAAUCUUCUGACAUGCAGUAAUGUUUGAACUGAUUAUCGUGUUUUAUGGACAAGAUAACACCCCUUUAUAUUCGUCAUCAAGUCGGCAUGUUGUAAUGAAGUGUGCCUCUACUCAGACCUAGGAGGGGGUAUUCCCAGUUUUCUGUCUUUCACCCGUUUUUUCUGUGUUUUGACUGAUUGAUUGACUUUAUUUUGGUCUACAAAUGACAAAAAAUAAUCAAAAUAUUAGCACAGUACAUAUACUCACACACGCACAGUCUGCACUUAUGUAAAUGUAUUGCAAAAAGAGUAUCUACAGAACUUACACGUACUGAUAUUGAUAUGCAUCCAUGUCACCUAAGGUCAUGUGUUAUCAUCUGAUUUUCCAUAUUGUUUGAGUAUGGGUGUUAUGUUUUUAUUUUCAUGUGUUGUAGUACAUAUUUAUUGUGCUUUAUGCAUCUGUUAAAUGUUACGUUAGGCACUGCAGUGAACAAUCAUUUGUUUUGCUGUUACUGUGACAUGCAGAUAACAUACUGUUUUCCAUAUAUCCAUGGUCGCUACAUCACCUUCUUCCGUGCAUGUGGGGAAUAUUCAACAACCUAAAAUGCUUCUGCAUGAAGUUAUAAUAAUGAUUAUUUUAAAAACAAGCUCAAUUAUGCAGUGGCUGUUAGGUUGACCAGAUCCUAGGAAACUAAAUGUGGGGAAAAGGCACAAUGUGGCCUGUGUGAAUUUGAACCCAAAGAAUUACUAAGGGAUAUACCUCAAGUUCAGUUGUUCAGAAUAUUUAAACUGAUAACACUGUUCUGUCUGGUAUUCAUCUUUGGAGUUGAAAAGGUGUUCAUCCAUAUAUACUGGCAAAUCUAUUAUUGAUCCACGAAAUUUUUCUUGUUUUAUUUUUUGUGAGACUUUUAGGAGAUGACUUUGGUAAACAAGAACUAAUAGAACUAAUUAAAAUGUGUGACAUUGUCUAAAUAUAUGAAUAUAUAGGAGGAGGGAGAUAAGGGCUUAAGUAAGGGUUUCACUUUAUGUCCAGUCUCACAUAAAGUUGAAUAUCUGGUCACCGUAAGUUCUGUUUUUGGAACAUGACAAAAUAUUGCUCCACAGGUAUAUCUUAUACACAUUUGCGGGUUGUUUUCAGUUACAUAUUCAACAUUGUCCUGUCUGUACUGAUAUUGGUGCAUGUCUGAACUCUUACUGUAGCAACACAUGGCUAA